AUGUUGUGUCGAGCGCUGCGAAUUCCGCUCCGUCAACGCGGGAACCUGCUCGCGGCUGGCUUCUCCAGCUCAGCUGAUGAUCCCAGCGAGCUGAGUGGUGAAGAUCGCGAGAACGCUGCAGCUACGGCGACUUCACCCAAGUACGACCACGUCCGCAAACUCAUCGUUGGGCUGGGCAACCCUGGCGACAAGUACAUUAACACGAGGCACAACAUCGGCUUUGUUGCAGUGAGGCACUUCCUGGAGACGUACGCAUCACAUGUGACGGGCAAGCACCUGGAGCUGCAGCAUGAAGCUGGCAAUCAUGGGGACGUGGCGCGAUUCCGUGUUGCAUUCCAGCAAAAUGUAGAUGACAAGGACUACGUUUACCCAGUCGACGACUUGGUGAACCGUUCAUCACAGCGCGCCAAAGAACGCACUCUGAAAGAGGGUGUCCCUCACGACGAAGUAAACGUUGCGCUACUGCUUCCGACGACGUACAUGAACUGCUCGGGCACUGCAGUUCGCGCUUUCAUGCAGUCGCACCGCUGGCGACUCAAGAAGAACCCCCUGUCUUUGAAUCGACAGGACGAGCUGCUCGUGGUCACGGACGACGUGUCUUUACCGUUCGGCGAGUGCCGCUUCAAGGCGAAAGGAGGCCCUGGCGGCCAGAACGGUGUGCGUGAUAUCAUUAAGUGCGCAGGCACUGAGCGCUUCGCCCGACUUCGCAUUGGCGUGGGUGCACCGUACUGGUUUGUUGGAGGUAACAGCGGUGCACCGUCAGGGACGGCGAUGGACAAGUACGUGCUUGGACGUUUCAAUGGCGACGAGCAGGAGGCCAUGCCGGACUUGCUACGUUACACGAAUGAAUUGCUGCGGCUGUACCUUCACCGAGGCGUAGCGCAGGCCACCACGUACGCCAACAGCAUGGACUUGCAGCGCUACUUGAAGCAGUAUGGCGCGUCAUCAAAGGCGCGUCAUCAACAAUAG